UUCGAUACCCCGCAUCUCCACUCUUCUUCCCCUUUUUUUCCUCUUCAUUUUCCCUUUUCGCGAGUUCGAACGGGCCACGCCUCUCGCCGCCAGGAAGAAGCAGCAGCAUCGGGAACGAUUCCCUUCUUCUCUCUCGCCGCCGUCGACGUCUGCUUUCAUCUCCUUCUCAAACUCUCUCUCUCUCUCUCAGCAAGGUAGGACUCGUUGAGGCGGCGCCGAGUAUGGUGAUCUCCAGGGCAUCCAGAAUCGGAGCUCGCGUCGUCAGGGAGCUCCUCUCGCGACGAGGUCCGUCCGCGCCUCUCUCUCUCGGCGCGAGUACGUCCCUCGCAAGAAGACAUCUAGGGGCGCGAAGACAAUCUAGUCCUGCAAUGCAGCCUUCGGAUAAGCUGUUCCAGGGUGCCCUACUUCAGAAGCAUUUCUUUUGUUCUACAACCACUGCUGAUGGUGCUCAUGGGGGAUGCGAUGAAGAGAAAGACAAGAUAUCUGUGACGUUUAUUGAUAAGGAUGGUGAAGAAAAGCAAAUUAAGGUUCCCAUUGGAAUGUCAAUGUUGGAAGCAGCUCAUGAAAAUGAUAUAGAACUUGAAGGAGCAUGUGAAGGUUCACUUGCAUGUUCAACAUGUCAUGUCGUUGUGAUGGACGUGGAGUACUAUAAUAAACUGGACGAUCCAACUGACGAGGAAAAUGACAUGUUGGAUUUAGCUUUCGGGCUUACAGAAACGUCUCGUCUUGGUUGUCAGGUGAUUGCUAGACCUGAAUUAGAUGGAGUGCGCUUGGCGAUUCCAGCAGCCACUCGAAACUUUGCUGUUGAUGGAUACGUUCCAAAGCCUCAUUAACAUGAUAUAACUUUGGAAAGUUUUUUCUGUGUAAAGGAUGCAGUCAUCCCGAUUUUGUAGCAGAGGACGUGCAAUUUGCUCCGAGCCUAACUUGUUACUCAUGAUAAAUCAACAAGCUGCCUUGGUCAAAUCAUUGAAGCUGAUAGGAGGAGGCAUCCUAUAUGGUGAAAAACAGGAGCCAGGAUACUGCAAUUGAAUGGAGUAAUAUUAGCUAUUAGUCUUGCACCUCUCUAAAGGAUUUGAAGAUAGAUGAUGAUAAAAGAAGUCAGUAACACACCUGAUGGGCAUCUAUUAAGUGAAAUAGUAAAAAUGGCUGGAAAUGUGCCAUAGAGUCCACUCGCAAUACCCAUCUUCAAAAGCUUUAUGAGCCUAGAGAUAUGUGAUAAUGAGCCUAUUUCGUGGCUCCAGUCACAUAUUACGAACUUAGGACAUUUUUUUUUCUCUGCCAAUCACUGUAAAUAUGAAUUUUUUUAUUUAUUUCUAUUGGAGUUUGGGGAAUAUGUUGCAUUGUUUACAAAACUAUGGGUUUGCCCUUGUCUAGCUUGGGAAUGGGGAUAUUGGUUCGGCUAGCAUGUGUUAAGACUUUGACCUGAGCCCUUUUAUCAGACAGAUAAAGGAUAGAAAGCAAAUGCAUCAGUAUGUUGUUUUGUA